UGGAGCUGAAAAGGCUCCUGGGACUGCAGAUCCUGUCUGACAUGACAGGGAAUUAGAGAAGCGAGGACCAUUUCAGCGCCUCGGAGGGAAACUACUGCCGCUUAUCUGGAUUAAUACCAAGAUUAUAACGCGGACGGCAGAAGAAUAAUUACAUAUUUCCUCAAUAAGGACUUCAUAGAGUGUGUGAGCCUCGGUGGUGAGUUUGUGCGACUUUAAAACAUGUUUUUGAGGUUUUAAAGUAACACAGAGCUGCAGUUUCCUGUGUGGAGUUUUGACCUGAUGGUAUCGAUCUGCUGGAGCUGGUCCCGGUCCGUCUGUUUCUGUUUGAACGUCUCAUUCUUUGCAACAAUGUCUCCAGAAAACCAUUACAGCCGGAAAUAGUUUUGUCCCUCUAGAAAUCUUUAGAAACCCAUUAGAGGAUUGUCGUUCCUCGCGAGGGUUCACCUGAACUUAAUCCCUGACCUGCUGACGACAGCAGCACCAUGAUCAGCUCGGAGGGCCUGAGGCCGGCCUCGUCCGGCAGGAAGCCCCUGGGCAAGCUCGCCUCCCGGCUGGAGGAGGUGAAGAACCCGUGGCGGCAGGGCUCCACGCUGGAGCUGAGCCACAACGAGGCGGCCCGCCUGGCCACGGACGCCCUGCUGGAGCACGGAGAGAAGGAGUACCGCAGGGUCCUGACCGAGGAGCGGGAGCUCAACUUUCUGUCCCCGCUGGAGAUCCGCUACAUCACCCAGCAUGCGGCCAAGACCUGCGACUCCGAGAGCAACGGCGUCGGCCCCAACGACCGGGACUUCGGGGACGGAGACGCCGUGUCCGAGCUCACCUCCGGGACUUACUUCCCCAUGAUGUCCGACGAGGAGCCGCCGAUGCUGGAGCUCGGCUGGCCGGAGUCCCCGUCCAGAUACGGACCCUCAGAGACUCAGAUUUACUUCCAGAGGGACAAGUCUCACAACGUCAAAGACCUCAUCAGGUCCCUUAUCAACAAAGCCAAAAAGGUGAUCGCGCUGGUGAUGGACGUGUUCACAGACGUGGACCUGCUGUGUGAUCUCAUGGAGGCGUCCAACAAGCGUAGAGUCCCCGUCUACAUCCUGCUGGACGAGAAGAACAUCGACUCCUUCACAGAUAUGUGCUCCGCGCUCGACAUCCAGAGCUCACACAUGAGUAACAUGCGUGUUCGCAGCAUGUGUGGGGACACGUACUGCACCAAGAGCGGCAAGAAGUUCACCGGUCAGGUCCUGGAGAAGUUCAUGAUCAUCGACUGUGAAGAGGUCAUCGCUGGGUCAUACAGUUUCACCUGGCUGUCGGCUCAGGUGCACAGCAACAUGGUGAUGCAUUUCUCCGGGCGCAUCACCGACAGCUUCGACCGCGAGUUCCGCUGCCUGUACGCCGACUCGCAGGUUAUCGACGGCUUCUUCAACCCCGAGGACGAGGGCAUGCCCUACUACCCCUCCUACCAGAACAUGAUGGGCCCCGGGCUGCAGGGCCUGGGCCUGGGUCUGGGCCUGGGACCCGGUCUGGACCUGCUCUCUGACAGCCGGCAGAGAGACAGGGUGUGCUCUGAAAACUCCAGCAGCCAAUCGAGUAACAGCGUGUCGAGCGUGAAGGCAGCGCCCGGGAUGACCCCGAACACGGUCUACAAGGUCACUCAAGGUCACGACAAGAAGGAGGCCAACAACAACUCUCACAUCAGCCCCGAGAGGAGAGGAGGGCAGACCCCCACGCCCCAGACUCACGGCUUACCAGGACCCCGAGCCAACGGAGUGACCAAUCACAGCCCGGCCAUGGACCGGCCGCCCCCGCCGUACGGCCAGCAGAUGGGCAUCGACUGGAACAAACCCAGCCCGGCCGACGUGAUGCGCUCCAACAUGGGCGGCGCCUCCUCCAAGUUCCAGGCGCUGGGGCUGUACGACCACAAGCCCAGCAUGUUCCACAGCUCCCCCAACGCCAACCUGAACCCCAAGAGCCCCACGCCGUCUCCGGUCACCGACAGCAAACUGACCCCGAAGCAGAGAGCGCCCUCCAACCAGUUCCUCAACAAACUGUCAGACCUCUUCCUGCCCCCGUCUAACAAAGAGACCUACAACUUCCGGAGGUCGCCGUCCCCCCUCGGCACCACGGCCUGGGGGGGGCCGGACCUCUCCCAGACUGAGCCCGAGAGCCAGCAGAGCCCGCCGCCGCCGCCCUCCCCGGGCGUGGUGAUGAGCCGGCAGGACCAGAAACGGAUGACUCUGGGCCACAGCAAGCUGGACCUGGUCAACCAGUACAACAAGAUGAAAUCCAAGCAGGUGUACUCGCGCUUUGAGCUCAAGACCUCCAACUAACCUGCAGAGUUCAGACACUCUCUUCCAAAAGUCUCUCUGGUUGUUUUAUAAAGUGGUCAGUUCUUGGAGCCGUUGCUCAGUUUUCCUCUGUGAUUCUUGAAACCGUAUUGCCUCUGUCACCCUGUGAGGAACCACAGCUGCAGUAUCAUGAGACUGUGUGGGGUUGCAGUUUACACAAAGAGUUUUACAGAGAAACUGACCUGUGAAAAACACCCAUCAGUCUAUUUUUUAACUAAAAGAUUCAAACAAAUCGAAGCAGAGAUGGGUCACAUUUAAGACAGGCAGCUGAAGAUCAUCUUCAGCUUAUUGAAACAGUAAACUGAUGGAUCGACUAGAUUUUCUUUCUUCGAAGCCUCCAACUGCCUUUUUCUUAAAUACACUCCAGGGACUUCGAUGAGGAUUUUUCCCCACACAGUUUUAUAACGACAUCAGAUCUUAUUUAACAAAGAAAGGAAAUAUUAACAGUAACAAUACUGCAUCUAUUGUGCCUACUUUUCCUUCUUUAAACACAGAAUUAAAAGGUUUUUUUGAAAAGUCAUCUGUCCCGCUCGACAAGAGGGAGGAGCCUCCCUGCUUUGUGUUUCACUCAGGAAGUGAAAGCUAGAGAGCAACUUCAGCGACUCAACUUUUUCAUUCAUGUCAUUUCCAGACCUGCUGAGUCAGCAGCCGCUCCUGUAGCUCACGGGGCGAAUUGUGCCACCACCAUCUGCCCCAUCUCCAGCCUGAUUCACAAAAGAUAUUGUGCUAAUGAUAUUAAAGCACAAACACCGGUUUUUAAACAGUUUUGUAAGACUCUGAUUGUAAUUAUCCCCAUGUUAAAGUAUAGAUGUCGACUUUAUCUGCACCAACAACACAGGAGGCAGAAAGAAAAAGACAAAGUGAAAUGUUCAGAGUGUGAGCCUCAGAGGCACACCUCAGAACUUCAGGCAGGAAUUUAAAUAUAAAAUAUCUGUCAGUGCUGUAAAAGAAGAAGGACGGUCCUUAUAAAUGCACUUCAGUUGCCUCCAACUCUCUGAAGACGCUAAUAAUUUGACUGAUCUUUGCAGUGGAACUCGUGGGGGGUCAUUUUGCACCAGAAAUAAAAAUGUGGGCAAAUAGACGAGGAGCUCUGAUUCCUGCUGUUUCCUGCAUUUCUCCUUUUGUGGAUGUUCUGAGAAUCUACGGUUAAUUUUAGUCUGUUUUAUCCGCCACAAAUUCACCUCAAGUGUUGUGUUCAUCCCACAAUAGAGAAAAACAAAGUUUAGCUAAAUGUUUGGGUCGCUCAUUUUUAACCCCAGUGACCACAUGCGGCACUGCAACAACAAAAAAAUCACUUCCAACCUUCAUGAAAGAGACGUCUACAAAACGCUUCAAUUAUUACCUUUUGUGUUGUACAAUUUUAGUUUAUGGUUGUUUUUAUGUUUCGAAAAGCUGGAAUAUCCAACGUCUGAGGAGGAACUAAAGUAAUUUACUGCACCGAUCAGCCGCAACUAAAAUAAAAAAACAAAAAUUAUAGAACAGAUGCAGAAAAAGCUCAUUACAAUUUCGACCAAAUAAGUUAAAAUAAACAGUCUACCGUCUCUACUUUAAUGUUAAAAUCAACUUUAAUAAAAUAAAAAAGCAGAAAAGUAAAAGAAAUGUUCCUUCUUCAGAGUGUGGAAAGGAAACCUCCUCAUCCUCUUCUCUUUCUUUUUCUUUAUUUCUUUUGCUUUGAACAGUUUUGUGUACUUUUGAUUUGUUCUGUAACACUCCUGCAUCACAGCCCGUGCCUUGAUCUACUGCCUUAAGGUUUACAGUCACAUUAAAGACAAACAUAAUAUCUCCUGUGACUUCCUAUAAGUGUUAAUAAAGGCACACACACACACACUCAGCUGGUUGUAAAUAGAAGCAGAGUCUGCCGACACAGUUCUGGUGAGAUUCGGUGUAAAUGUGGAAACUUUGGGGCUGUGAAGAGUUUCUGCAGGAACAUUUUGUUCAUCAGCAGUUUGUAAAAAUCUGUUGAAAGAAUUUAAACUGUACACUGCUAUAAAAUAUGUUUCCUCACAUUUUUUUUUUUUUACAAUAAACAGCAUUUUUUGCAGAUAUGUAGAUUUGUACAAAGACUUAAAACAAACAGUUAAAACGACUUGUAUAAUGUUUCAUUUGACUCAUAUUUUGUGCUGAUUUGCAGAAGUUUGUCCUGGCAGCACUACAGGGCUAAAUCCUUCCUCUGAUCUUUACUGUCGUCACUGAAGCAAUAACGAUUGACAGCAAUCAAUCAUUUUGAUAUGUGUGUUCUCAUCACGUGUGUUUUUGUUUACUGUCGUUACUAGAAUCAGCCGGACGACUUGCAGACAUCUCAUCUCUGUGCCUCGUCUGUCCGGCUCCUGUUUAUAUAUAUAUAUAUAUAUAUAUAUAUAUAUAUAAAUAAUAUAUGUUGUACAUACGGACUGACUGUCAGGAAUUUGGGUUAUUGUUAAAGAAAAACUUGUUUGUUAUGUUAUUUUUACAAUGUUAUUUACUGGAGAAUGUGAACUUUCUGUGUUUAAAAGUUGGUCUUGAUUUGUAAGAUGAACACUUGAGGAUUUAAUAAAACAAAAGUUUAAGUUA